ACUCGUAAUAGGCCACGAGACAGAUGUGCCGGCACCCACCCUACUGAAUAGACUAUUGGGAGGAAAUAGUCUUUGAUCAUUGCAUGUUGAGAGCCUCGCUGAUCAUAGCCUUAUGAUACGGCGAUCUCACCUCGCAUCAUGACAUCAUCUGAGGUAAGUCGAAAACCGAGCCUCACGGAAAUAAACUUACCCUUCCGUGAGUCCUACAUACUGUAUAGUUCUCAAACCACACUCAAGGCAAACUCCAUCGAGAAAAUGUCUGAAAUACCCUCGAAAUGGAAGUGCGCCGUAAUCCAACUCCACUCCAAGCCGAUGCAGCUGGAGGACAACUUCAAUCGUGCCCAGGGCUUCAUCCGGAAAGCUGCUGAGGCAGGCGCUCGACUGGCAGUCCUGCCCGAGUAUUCUCUCACCUCGUGGGUCCCGGAUGACCCUGGAUUUGCGGAUGCCCAUGUCGAUAGAGAGUACCUUUCUAAGUUCUGCGAGCUAGCGAAGGAAUGCAAUAUCAAUAUUGUCCCGGGGACGUUCGUUGAGAGACAUGUUGACGAUGGAAAGGAUAUGCUGUAUAACGUUGCCCACUUCAUUUCCAAUGAGGGAAAGAUAUUGGGCUCGUAUACAAAGAAGAAUCUUUGGCAUACUGAGAGGGCGCACUUAGAGGCCGCUGGAAACAACCCGCAUACAGUUAUGGACACUCCGCUGGGAAAAGUCGGUCUUUUGAUAUGCUGGGACUUGGCAUUCCCAGAAGCGUUUCGGGCACUCAUAAUCCAGGGCGCAAAAAUCAUUAUAAUUCCCUCAUUCUGGAAUCUGCUGGACCUGACAGAACCCGCGUUCCAACGGAACCCUAGGUCUGAGGCGAUAUAUCUUGAAUCGAUUGUAAUAUCACGCGCUUUUGAGAACGUUUCAUGCAUCGCUUUCGCAAACGUUGGUGGACAAAAAGAGUCUGGCUUUGCUGGAUUAUCACAAAUAGCAAUGCCUCUCAUGGGGGACAUUGCAAGGGCUGAGGGCGCUCACGAACAAAUGGUCAUUGGAGAGGUGGAUAUGGAAGUUCUCCAGGAUGCGGAGGAGAGCUAUAAGGUGCGAGAGGACAUCUCCAGACCGGAUUUCCAUUAUCCUGUAUACGCAAAGAAUUGAGAUGGAAAGCAAUAGGAAAGAGAGUAUGUGUGGCAAUUGAGGGG